ACUCAGCGGACCCAGAUUCACACACCAGAAACAGCAGAGAGAGAGAGAGAGGAGACUUCGAGCAGAGGUGAAACAGAAGCACUCACAGUGAAGAGCGAGGACAGAGAGUCAGCAGAGCGACGUCAAGACAGCUGUUCUUCAAGAUACCUGUGAGACCCGACGAGGAGGUUUGAGGACUUUUCUUUGGCUUGAUUCUGGAUGAACUCUUGAAAAAAGAAACUCAUCUUCAAGUAGGAGACAUUUUUAAAGGAGCCAUCAGUUGUCUUCUUCCAGCUGAGUUCAUACUUACAGCCAGAUUUGAUUUUGCCCCCCUGUGGAUCUGUGUCAUCAAUGGCUGCUGUGCGUCAGAUGGUUAUGGAGGCCUCUGGUUUCCACGUCCUGCCGGCUCACCUUAUGGCCUCAGCCAUGGAGGAGUUCCCCCAGCAGCUGCCGGUCCCAAAGGGCCCAGCGAGGGGCAAAAGCCGCUCCCGGAGGUCCAGAGAGGCUCGCUUCAAAACCCAGCCGGUCACCUUCGCUGAGAUCGCAGAGGUAGAAGAAGAAGGUUCCUCCCCCCUGGAGGAGGAGAGGGCACGCCGCUCCUUCCUGCAGUCUCUGGAGAACCUGCGGCGGAGCACACAGACCCUCCACUGCCCACCCACCGCUCACCACAGCUGCACCCCCACUUCCACACAGGCCAGUCUGGACUCCAGUGACUCCGACUCCACUCAGUGAAGGGUGCUGGUCUCCAGGCGCUCUUGUUUCCCGCUUUGCCUUGACGCCGCUUCAACUGGAGGCCGACUGAACUGAACUGAACCAAACUGGCCUUCCUGCCGGCCUGCCUGUGUGUGAGCUGCUGCUGUCAUACAGAAGUCUGUGUUUAAUAUAUACUAACAUACCAUCACACAGUAUAUAGCUGAAGAUGCACCUGAUGCACACCUGUACAGGACUGUGUCAGCGCCGCAGGCUGCUGCUGCUGAUCUGUAGAUAUGAUGAGUGUAAAAGUAACAGACGACACACGACCUUCUUCAGAUGUAUUCCUUUUCUACUCUAGAGCUCUGUGAGGAAAACUUGAACCAUGAAAGUUUGCUGAUAUUUUUCCACUUUGAAGAUGUAAAGGUAUUUUUGUGCUCCAGUUGAAUUGUUUUCUACCCGACCAGUCACCACAGGAAGGACUGCUGUGAAGAGUUCUGACUUCUCCCGCUGUAAAUACUCUGACUGAGCAGAGGACCGAGCUCUCGCUUCAGAUUCUCAAACAAAGCCUUUAAAUGUUUAUUUAUUCUUUAUUUGCUCAUAAUGAAGUGGAGUCGUAGAUGUCAAAUUUGAUUGCUCUUUCUGACUUCUGAAGUCGCCUCGACUUUCAAAGAAAAUAACCUUCAUACUGUAUAUUUGCUUCACUUUUUACAUGUUACAAGAUUUGUUAUAUCAACUUUAAUAAAUAUUUUUAAGGAUUAAA